AUGGCGAGCUCGGGGUCGCUGGAGACGGUCAUGCCUUCCUCUUGCCCCCGGCACGACGGCAGGGCCGCCGCCGCUAACCCCUCCAAGACCCUGGCCUUCUCCAUCGAGCGGAUCAUGGCCAAGACGUCGGAGCCCAAGCCAGCCUUCGAGCAGCGGCACGGCGGGCCGGGGCCGGAGCCGGGCAAGAAGCCGCUGAGCCUGUGCUCGCCCCUGCCCUGCGUGAUCCCCAUCCCGCCGCUGGGCUACGAGGUGCCCUCCAAGACUCUCCUCAACUACUCGGAGCUGUGGAAGAGCAGCCUGCGGGGCGGCGCGGGGCUCUGCAAAGCCAACUGCGGCGUCUGCUGCAAGGCAGAGCUCGCCCUGGGCCAGCCCAGCGGCCGGCUCAUCAAGCCGCAGGUCAUCCACCAAGCGGGGGCCGUGCCGGCCGCCCCCCGCUCCCUCUACUACUUCAACUACCUGGACGCCGCGUACCACCCGGCCGACAUCCUGCACGGACAGCUCUUCCCCGCCGGCCUGCUGGGCGCCCCGCCGCCGGGGGGGCUCUCGGCCCACCAGAAGCUUUUCCUGCUGGAGAACGCCAAGCUGGCGGGGCUGGCGGCCGAGAAGCUGCCGCCGCCGCCGCCCUUCGCCCACAAGGAGCGGCUGCCGGGACACCUGGACCAGGUGAUGAAGGAGGCGGCGGCGGCGGAGCGCGGCGGCCCCCCCAAGGGCCACGCCAAGCUGGGGGGCGGCGGCGCGGCGGAGGGCAAGCCCAAAAACUUCACCUGCGAGGUCUGCGGCAAGGUCUUCAACGCGCACUACAACCUCACCCGCCACAUGCCGGUGCACACGGGGGCCAGGCCGUUCGUGUGCAAGGUCUGCGGGAAGGGCUUCCGCCAGGCCAGCACCCUGUGCCGGCACAAAAUCAUCCACACCCAGGAGAAACCCCACAAGUGCAACCAGUGCGGGAAGGCGUUCAACAGGAGCUCCACGCUCAACACCCACAUCCGCAUCCACGCCGGCUACAAGCCCUUCGUCUGCGAGUUCUGCGGCAAGGGCUUCCACCAGAAAGGCAACUACAAGAACCACAAGCUGACCCACAGCGGAGAGAAGCAGUACAAGUGCACCAUUUGCAACAAAGCCUUCCACCAGAUCUAUAACUUGACUUUCCACAUGCACACCCACAACGACAAGAAGCCCUUUACGUGCGUCACUUGCGGGAAAGGAUUUUGCAGAAACUUUGAUUUAAAGAAGCACGUCCGAAAGUUGCACGACAGCGUCUCCAGCGCUCCGCCGCCGCCGCGGGACCCUGGGCGCAGCGGGCAGAGCUAA